CUUACGAGGCCGCCGAAUUAAUUACGUAUUUAGUUUUCAGUUGUUGCUGAUGUUUUAAAGAAAGAGUUGUGCGUGUUGGUUGCGGGAUCGCAGAGGCGUAUUAGAAGAGAAUUACCUUUGCACACAGAUAGCGUCGCAAAAAUGACCUCAGCACAAAAGUGGAGACUGGAAGAUGUCUUAGAGUGGUCUCCUGUACGUUUUGCAGAGGAGACAAAUGCGUGGGAAUGGAUAGAGAGAAUGUUGGAAAACGGGUUGUCAGCAAAGGAGCUCAUAACCACGAGGAGGAAGCUGUCCGAUUUGGAGACGGCAGUCGCCUUAAUGCACGUCUUCUGCACGGGCGGUUACCUGCGGCUGCUGCGGCUGGCACUGUCACUGGACCCGAGAUUGUCAUCGGCGAGUCUAGACGGGAAGGGAUCGACGCCGCUGCACUUGGCAGCCGCGAACAGGAGAGACGCUGCAGUGCGUCUGCUGCUGGACGCGGGCGCCGACUGCGAGGAGAGAGACGGCCUCGGGCGCACGCCGCUCCACGUCGCCGCCGCCAGUGGCAGUAUCCACGCCUUCCGGCUGCUGCUGGAUGCCGGGUUUGACCCAGAGGUUCGGGACUCUGAAGGAAACACGGCGGUGCACUUCGCUAGCGAAGCUGGCCACAUAGGUAUUCUGAAGGCGCUGUACGACAGGGGCGUGUCGCGCUAUCUGGUCAAGUUGCAGCUGCUCUUGUCAGCGGAGAGUUGCAACGUGGAGGGCGUGCGCCUCGCUCUGAAGCAGACUUCCAGCUGGGGCGGCGCAUGGAGUGACUUACACUGCGUGGCGAUCAAGGGCAGUGGCACGGCUGUGAGGACGGUGCUGACUGCCGGCGUCGACCCGAACGCCCGCGACGCUAACGGCGACACCCCGCUGCAUGCCGUGGCUGCCGCGGGCUGCCCGGGGUCGGCGGAGGCGCUGGUGGAGGCCGGCGCAGACGUGGACGCCGCCGACUCGAGCGGCUCGACGCCGCUGCACUAUGCGGUGCGCGUGGGCAACCUCGAGGUGGCGCGCGUGCUGCUGGCCGCGGGCGCCGACGUGGAGGCGCGCGACGCCGAGGGCGACACGCCGCUGCUGCGCGCCGCCGCCAGGGGCUGCGCCGAUGCCGUGGCCGCACUCGUCGCCGCCGGCGCCAGGACCGACGCCACUGACGCCGCCGGCAGGACCGCCGCCCAGGUGGCCAGGCUGGUCGGCUACAACGGGCUCAUCAGCGCCCUGCUGGACCGCGCUGACAACCGCGUUCCUUACGCCGUCGAUAAAGCGCCGAACGCUGCCGAUGUGAUCCUGCGUACAGAGGGACUCGUAGAUGUGUCUUAG